CCGCUUUCAGCUUUCAGUUGAGCUGCAACGUUACAACCAAACGGUUCGGUUUUAAGACACAGCGACUCAAGACUCAGCCUCAGUGGAGAAGAAAAAGAGUUUGUAUGCGUUAGUGCGUGAGUGCGUGUAUUUGUGCUGUGCAAUAAAACGAAAGAAAUAAAUAACAACAACAACAGCAACGAAUGAAAGUCAACGAAAAGAGAAAUGCAAUAAAUUUAAAUAUUUCAAUAAAUUAAAGAAACGAAUUCUAAUUGAUUUGUAUGACAGUGAGAAUUUUAAGCGACAACAACGGAAUUUCAUUGACUUCGAAGUGACGAAGUUUGUUUGUGUGUUUGUUGUAGUACGCGUAUUUGUUGCAAAAGUGAAAUCAUAAUUUUACUAAGUAUCAGUGCAAAUUUUAAGCAGAAUAAUCAGCAACAGUGUUUAUUAAAUUCGCAGUUGCAGCACAACAAUCAGUCAACAGCAGGCAUUCCACCAUUUAACACUCUGCGGAAUUCCUUAAAUAUAAUUUUCGUGAAGUCUGUUAAAAGGUCGCAUCAGACAAGAUGAUUCUGCGGACCGCAUACAUUUGCAUUUUCUUCUUGUACUCCUAUCAUUGCCUAGCACAAUCCACAAAUGAGCUUGACGCAGCACUGCCCGAACCACGUGCUUACAUACCCGAUUCACAGUAUUUGGACUUUGUCUAUCAUGAUCAUGAUGAAUUGACACGAUUUUUGAGAGCGACCAGUGCGCGCUAUCCCAACUUAACAGCCCUUUACUCUAUUGGUAAAUCAAUACAGGGACGCGAUCUCUGGGUUAUGGUGGUAUCCUCCUCACCGUACGAACAUAUGGUUGGUAAACCGGAUGUGAAAUAUGUCGGAAAUAUACAUGGCAAUGAGCCGGUGGGACGUGAAUUGCUUCUACAUCUCAUACAGUAUUUCGUGACUAGUUACACCACCGAUCAGUAUGUGAAAUGGUUGCUAGAUAAUACACGCAUACACAUCAUGCCAUCCAUGAAUCCAGAUGGCUUUGCGGUUUCAAAAGAGGGCGCUUGCGAUGGCGGUCAGGGCAGAUACAAUGCGCGUGGUUUCGAUUUGAAUCGCAAUUUCCCCGACUACUUUAAGCAGAACAAUAAACGUGGACAACCCGAAACCGAUGCGGUAAAGGAUUGGAUCUCGAAGAUACAAUUUGUGUUGAGUGGCAGUUUGCAUGGUGGCGCUUUGGUGGCGAGUUACCCAUAUGACAACACGCCAAACUCUAGAAUUUGUCGUUCGUCGGCCUUGUGCGCGAUGUUCCAAACAUACUCGGCAGCACCAUCACUCACACCCGACGAUGACAUCUUCAAGCAUUUAUCACUCGUCUAUGCGAAGAAUCAUGCGAAGAUGUCACGUGGUGUGGCUUGUAAAUCGGCAACGCCCGCUUUUGAGAAUGGCAUUACGAAUGGCGCUGCCUGGUAUCCACUGACGCUGGAGAUCUCAUGCUGCAAAUUUCCACCAGCGUAUGAGUUGAAGAAGUACUGGGAGGAUAAUCAGUUGUCUAUGAUCAAAUUUUUGGCUGAGGCUCAUCGUGGCGUGCAAGGUUUCGUGUUGGAUCCCACAGGUGCACCUAUCGAGCGCGCCUCGCUGAAGGUUAAGGGACGCGAUGUUGGUUUCCAGACAACAAAACAUGGCGAGUUCUGGAGAAUACUGCUGCCCGGUUACUAUAAAUUAGAGGUCUUUGCCGAGGGUUAUGCCCCACGUGAGGUGGAAUUCAUUGUUGUCGAACAGCAUCCAACACUGCUAAAUGUCACACUGACACCCUCAAAGCGCAAUGAAGGCACUACGGUACCCUUCUAUCGCCCCCUACCGAUACCACAGCAGCAUUAUCGUCCCUCUAGCCCGACCUACAGCGAUAGCGGCAUUUUCUCCACCAUCAGCAGUGGCCUUAACAGUUUGUACUCGAAUAUUUUCGGCUGAUCUUUGCUCUCUUGACUCGCCCUCUUCGUCGAUAUGAAAUUGGCCUUUCUGCUGUUGACCUUCUUCAUUGUAAUCACCGUUAUUCACAUUGCCAGCCGUGCGGAUUUCGAUUGACCCCAGUGAGUGGUGGACGCUGAACGCAGAAGGGCGCGUGGGAAGAGAAGUGGUGACGAGAGCGCAAUGUACGCGCAGCUUAGGGGUAGUAACGUACAAAAUAAGCAUAAAAUUAAAAUAAAAGUGAAGUGAACUGAAGUGAAGUGUAGGGAGCGAGUGAACAGUGAAAAUACACACUGCCUGCUUAGCGUAAUGGUACAUUAGAAUUACCUGCAUCAUUGUUCUUCUAAAACUCUAAAAUUAUAUAUAAACUUAAAUUGUAUGCGAGUUGAAAAAAAUUCUGAAAUAUUUUUGUAAAUGCAUAUUUAACUGUAUAAGCGACAAUAAUGGCGUUCAAAAAAAGAGUUGAAGAAAAAUAUUUACAUACAUACAUAUAUAUAUAUUUAUUACAACCAGUACUUAGCUUUUAAAAAUGUUUAAUAUUAGUUUAGUGUUUUAAGUCUCCUUCGUCCAUCUCAACAUUUGUUGGAAAUUCCAGUUAAUUUCCAAUUCAUAACUGUUAAUUGUAUGUAGUUUUUAAACUAUUCACAGUUAUUCCGUUUACUAAUAAAGAAAUGCAUUUUUUAUUUAUUGAAAAAGGUAAA